ACUCCUUUGAUUGUUUGUGUUUUUUUUUUUUUUUUUGUUUUGGAUCAUCGCGACCCCGCAUCAUGCUCCCCUCGUGCUGCUCCAAGCCGACCGCCGCGUCCGGCAAGAGGAGCGCCACGGCCAAACUCCUCCUGGGGGUCUUCGUGGUCUACGUGGGCCACACCGCGUGGCUGCUUUACGGAUUCCUCAACGCCAAAACCUGCGAGGAGGGCCGGCGGGAGGGCUGCAUCACUUCCUACCUGUCGGACCGACCCAGACUGCAGCUGAGCGUGUUCACCUGCCUUGUUCCAGAGAACAGUCAGCUCCACCCGGUUCUCACAAUCGAUCCUUUUGACCCUCACUCGACAUUUGAGAGCCGGGUGAACGUUCCCCUCCCGGAAGAGACUCGAGCCAACGGCAGCUUGUACGCGGUGGUGUACGUCCACAAGGCCGGCGUUUCCCCGCUGGAGGACAGGCGAGAGGUCCACCGCGCAGCUCUGCUUACCGCCCAGAUCAGCCCCAGAGACCUGCAGAAGAGCUCCAAAGUACAGCGUCGCGUAUCCCACUGGAGACCCCGCCUGUCAGUCACGAUGAUGUCAGAGGACUUCAACUUCACCAAGGGAGGACUCCCCAGCGACAUGCGCCGCUACGUGAGAAUCUCCGUGGAAGGGAGACGCAUCGUCUACCUUCCCCUGCUGCUCAUCGACGAGCUCAGCUUGAGGGUCAGAGAUCUCCUGGAGAUCAACGGAAGCGCCACUGGUCUGCCCCUCACUGUGUCCUACGAGGGCGUUUCCCUGAGGACCUUCCGAUUUUGGGUCCAUCUCCAGGACGUGGUUUACUCCCUGCGGCAGUUCGGCUUCUCCGAGGCGUACAUUGAUGAGAUUAAAGGGACCCUGGCGGGCUCGAAUCUGUACCUGCUACUGCUGAACGCCCUCGUCACGGCCCUGCAACUCGCAUGUGAACUCCUGGCUCUCAAAAACGACAUCAGCUCCUGGAGGAAAAAGAAGAGCACGGCGGGAAUGUCCAGGAAUUCCGUUUUGUGGCGAAGUCUGGGCACGUUGCUGAUUUUCCUGCAUCUGCUGGAGGAGACCAGCCUGCUCGUGCUACUUCCUGUCGGGCUGGCAGCGUGCGUAGAGGUGUGGAAGGUGUUCAAAGUUUUCGGGAUCAAGGCGAACUGGGGACGAGCCUGCAUCCACAAGCUGGGCGAAGAAGAGCAGAGGACCGUCCAGUUCGACAAGCAGGCGUCCGCGUACUUGUCCUACUUGCUUUGUCCUCUGUGCAUCAGCGGAGCUAUUUUCUCACUGGCCUACUUACGGCAAAGAAAAAAAAACAAACCAAAACAAAACCAAAAUUGGCGGGACGAAGGUCUCCUCCCCCAUGGUUACUUUUCCUGGAUGGUCAACAGCCUGGUAACCGGAGUUUACGCGUUUGGAUUUCUGUCCAUGGCUCCUCAGCUUUUCAUUAAUCACAAGCUGAGAUCAGUCACCCACCUGCAGGGGGCAGUGUUGCUAUACAGAGGAGUCAACACGCUGAUUUCAGACCUUUGCUCCUGUGCCGCCAUCUUCUCCUCAUCUGAGGCUUUCUCGUCUUCGCACCAACUCUCCUGUUUCAGAGAUGAGCUCUUCUUCCUCGUCUACUUCUACCAAAGAAGGCGUUUUGGCCCGAAGGCCAGAAGACCCGAGAGCGGAUCCCACGGCAGGAAAGUCAAAAAGAGUCAGUGAGCGCGCGAGACGGCAAACGUCGACCUCGAGCUCGCCGGGCCUCCUCGCCUCGUUCAACUUCCUUCUUUCACGCACGCCGUCGUACAUGCGUCAUCCGCGAGAGUGCGGAAUCUCAUUAAUAAUCGAUGCACGUUCUUAAUGCUCACAAUAUUCAUGUGUCCAUCCAUUUUCUUAGCCGCUUAUCCUCACGAGGGUCGCGGGGAGCGCUGGAGCCUAUCCCGGCUGUCAACGGGUAGGAGGCAGGUUACAUAUUGAACUGGUCGCCAGCCAAUCGCAGGUCACAACCGCACUCGCAAUCACACCUACGGACGAUUUAGAGUGUCCAAUUAAUGAUAUACAUCUUUUUGGGAUGGGGGAGAGCCCACCCGGAGAAAACCCACGCAGGCACGGGGAGAACAUGCAAACUCCACACAGGCGGGUCUGGGAUUGAACCCAGGACCUCAGAACUGUGAGCCCAACGCUUUACCGGCUGAGCCACCGUGCCGCCCAAAAUAUUCAUUUCAUCCGUAUUUUCACUGCAAGUGUAAAUAGGCCCGAUGCAAAGUGCUGAAUAUGAAAAGAAAUGUAACGCGCCAAACACUUUGUAAUUGCCUACGGCUACGAUUUUGCACUUGCUGAAUAAAACGAUGUUUUUGUUUGUGCUUCACGU